AUGAAUAAUAAUACUCGAUAUAAUUAUGAUAAUCAUAUCAACAUUGGUUUUAGUGACUUCGAAUUUUUUCAAUCGAAACAACAUGAGAUUGAGCUUGAACAAAAAUAUGAUCUAACUGCCAUAAUAAUUCAUUGGGAACGAUCAACAAGUGUUGUAAGAGCUGUAAAUUAUUUACUUGAUUCUAAUUUUUUCAAAGAAAUUAUUAUUUGGAAUAAUAAUCCAAACAUAAAUCUUAAUAAAACUAUCUUAAAAACAAAUAAUCAUGCAUUAGAUUCUAUUCGUAUAAUUAAUUCAAAAGAAAAUAUCAAAGAUCAAGCUAAAUAUCGUGCAUGUACUGAAGCAAAAACUAUUGCUUGCUUCUAUGCUGAUGAUGAUUGGGAUACAUCAUUCUAUCUAAAAAGUUUGAUAGCUGAUUUUCGAAGUGAUCCAUAUGUGUUACAUUCUGUUACCGAUCCAUACACAUUCUAUACGAAUUUAAUAUGGACUUAUUUCGAUAAUAAAAUCGAUUUACAUACUGGUUUUUCAUGGAUUGGUUGUGGAAGUAUUUUCUUACGUGAAUAUGCUCAACGACAUCUUCAAUAUUUACAAAUCUAUUUGAAAAAUAAUCAGAAAUUGAUUUAUCUUAGUGAUAUAUUUUUUUCUAUUUGGCUUAAUGAUAUUCCAUCACAAUUGAAUAUGAAUAUUCAUAAUCUACCUGGAAGUAAUGUUGGUGGAUCAUUUUCGUCGACAUCGAAGUUCUUGGAAUAUCAACAUGAAAGUUCAGUUUUAGCUAUUCGUAUUCUAGAACAUAAUCUACGUCGAAAUCAAUCAAAUAAUACACAUCAUAUAGGAUUUUCACGUAAACAAAAUCGUCGUUUUCCAUAUUGCGUCAAAUCAUCUAGUCUCAAAGAUGAAUUUAUAUUUUUUACUAAUAUUCUUCCAAUUGAUAUUGAUAGAAUUCCAUUUAAUAUUUCAAAUGAUUUUGAACGAGGUACACGAAAAAAUCUACCAACACGAGCAAAUGUUGGUUUUUUCUCAUCUCAUACUACUUUGAGAGCAGUCGAUAACGAUCCGAAAACUUGUUGGCGUUCUGGACGAAAUGUACGUCAAGGAGAAUUUUUUGCUAUAGACUUUUUAUACAUUCGAACAAAUCUAUUAUUUUCACUUAUCAUCGAACAUACAAUAGAAUUACAAAAAAAUCUCGAUGUUAAGUUAUCAUUGGAUGGUCUAUGGUGGAUAACUUAUCGUGCAUUAAAAGGAAUUACAAUACAUAGUCAGAAUUCAACAUCAAAUAAGCAGCAAUACGUGAUUAUCUUUGAUUCUACUAAAUUUAAUACUGGUUUUCAUUCUUUUCGAUAUAUUGCUUUUAAUACAAGUAGAAUGACUUCUUUAAAUGAACUUAAGGUAUGCGAUGUCAAAAUUAUAACAAAUACUACUAUUACAACAUUGUAG